CAUCGCGCCCAAGCCAACACCCUCCCCCUGCCCCGACUCCCUCUCCGCACCUAUCCCCCGCCCGCUUGCGCUACUCCGCUAGGGUUGGGGCUCCGGCCGCCCCCCAUCUCAUCUCCGGCCACCGCCCCUCAUCUCAUCUCCGGCCACCGCCCCUCAUCUCCUCUCUGGGCGCCGCCCCCAUCAUCUCCCCCGCAAUUGAUGCGCUACCCCCCCCCCCCCCCACCCCUCGCAUCUCCCCAGAUCCACGGCCCUCCCUCUUCCCUCCGGUCGUCGUUGCACUCCCCGUCACACCGCUCUCCACCUCGACUCGACAGAUUCGCCCGGUAUCCACCGCCAUCGCCGACCGUUGCCGUGGCCUCUGGCACCGAGCUCCUCGCGUGCGAGUGCACCCCGACGGCGCCGGCCGGAGUCGGCAGAUGCAACAACAUCUUCUUCAGGCAGCAACAGGUGAGCACACCCAGGGACGCCUGCAGCUUCUAUCUUGCCGAUUCCCAACUCCAACCAGCAAGCGGUUCAGCACCAAGUGAAACAACAGAUGGUGAUAAAACAAGUCAAAAGGCAAUGUGGGAUACCGAUGUAGCCCGGAUUUUUUGUGGGAUUGCUUGCAAAGAGGUCAACGAGGGAAAUAGGCCUACCAAGACUCUGAGCGUUACGGGUUAUAAAAAUUUAAGUGAAGAAUUUCAUAAACAAACUGGUAGGCUGUAUACCCGUAAGCAAUUCAAAAACUGUUGGGAUGAAUUGAAAAGCAUAUGGACAGCAUGGGUUUAUUACAUGACAAAAGCUACUGGACUUGGAUGGGAUCCUGUGAAGAGAACUAUAACAGCUAGUGAAGAGCAGUGGGCGGACCUGAUCAAGGUCCAUAAGGAUAUUAAACGUUUUCGAAAAGGGCCCUCGGACAACUUGAAAUGGCUAGAGAAAAUGUUCCAAAAAGCUAGUGUAACCGGCAAUUCUUCGGUGAUGCCCGGUGCUGAAGAAGAUGACAUUGAAGAACGCCAAGACGUCGAUGGUAUUGUUGACUUGGAGGCUGAUGAUGAAGGAACCCCUCAGCCUAGUCCUCUGCCUAUGCCAAAAAUGAAGCGUGGGGGGGCAAGUGCCAUACCUUGCAGUCCAAAGAGGCCCAAGAAAGAUCCUUAUGGAAAGGAUUUCAAAAGAUUUGUUGAUCAUGUCAUUAGUGAGGAGAAAUCAGAGGCAUCAAGCAAUGUGUCCGUUGCAAAUGAUAUUGAUGCCAUCAUGGAGGAAGUUGUCAAGUGUGGGGCACCUGAAACAAGUGAUGAGUACUAUAUUGCAACAAAGUUGUUUGGUAAACUUGAAAAUAGGUGUUUCUUCUAUGCUAUGAAGACUAGUGAGGGGAGGCUCCAGUGGUUGAAGAGGCAGUACGCGGACAGGAAGAGGCAUUAGAAAUUCAUUCACUUGUGUGUUGUAUCCUUCAAUUUAUUUCAGACUUGUGUGUGCUGCUACUGUUUCGUAAUAUUGUGUGUGACCUGAAAAAUGUAUUUGUAUCCUUCAAUUUAUUUCA